AGUAGAGUCAAGAGCAGAGGACGCUGACGCCUGCGUAGAAAGGAGUGGUCGUCCCUCCCCGCCCCGUCUCUGUCAAGCCGCGCCAGCGCAGUUAAGAGCAAGUAGAAGAGGACGCGUGCGCAAUAGUGACCAAGAAGGCUGUGGCGGUAGCGGCAAUGGAACCAUCGGAACAGCUGAACGAAUUAGUGUCAUCAGAGGGCCGAAACCGGAAGGCGGUGCUGUGCCAACGUUGUGGUUCCCGGGUUCUGCAGCCAGGGACUGCUCUCUUCUCCCGCCGACAGCUCUUCCUCCCUUCCAUGAGGAAGAAGCCAGCGCUGGCUGAUGGCAGCAGUCCUGACGGUGAUCUCCUCCAGGAACACUGGCUGGUGGAUGACAUGUUCAUCUUUGAGAAUGUGGGCUUCACCAAGGACGUGGGCAACAUCAAGUUUCUGGUCUGCGCAGACUGUGAAAUUGGACCAAUCGGCUGGCACUGCCUAGAUGACAAGAACAGUUUCUAUGUGGCCUUGGAACGGGUUUCCCAUGAGUAACUGAGUCUCCACCCCCAACUAUAAAAACUACUCCCCACAAGAACUGGCAUUUAAAGUGGUAUAAAUUGUUCUGCGGCCACCUCUGUACUAGUAUCUAAUUAUGAGUACCAGCAGGUCCA